UUUUGUUUUGUUUAGGCUCAUAAAGCAGAGAACAUUCUUUCUAGCCUAACAUUUACAGCAGCAGUUGUGGUUCCUCAAAAAUUAUGUGGUGAGCUAUUAAAUCUCAGUAAUUCCACUGAAUGACUAUGCUUGUAUGCAAGACAUCUCUAAAUUAAUAGUCAUCUCAAAUAACUUAAUCCAGUAAUGUCCUCAUGGGGUGUAAACAAAUACAGUAUAAACAGCUUUGAAUGUUCUUGGGAAAUUUUUUUUUUUUUUUUUUUUUAAAGACCUUCCUGUUUGCUAUUGGUCUAGUAAGUGUUUAAACUGUGCAGUCACAUGGAAAGAGACACUCAUUAUCAAGUUAAGGAUCGUACCACUGAAAGAUAACAGCUAGAUCCGAUGCUUGUUUGGAUUGUACAGACACUAUUUUUUUAAGGGAAUGUAGAUGUGGGUCAGUACUGGAAGAACUAUUUGUUUUGAGAAGCUGAGCAAAGAUAACUAUAAUGUGCUGAUUGUUUAAUGGAAUAACUGCUCUGUACUGGAAAUCCUUUGAGCACAAAUGGGUGCAUUUUAUACUUCCUGUUGUCUGACGGAUCAAAAAGAAGAGCAGAAUGCUAUAUUAUGUUCCCAGUCCUGGAGUAAGGCCAGUGUGUCAAGUAAGAGUGAAGUGUGCAUGUCAGAAGUGGGGCAGGAGUGGAAGCUGUGGAAACUUCCUCAAACCUCCAGUUACAUCACUGAAGGGGAGUCGGACCAGGAGCUGCAGACUUUCAUCAUGAUGAGGAACCAAGUGGAUAAAUACACUGAGGAGUGGGAGAAGCUGAACUAUGAUAUACACACGUUGAGGUAUGCCCAUCGGGAAGUGUGUAUGCGCUGGAAGAAGAUUCUGCUUCUGCUGGGUUACCAGAGGGAGGUGGAUUCACUGUUAGCAGUGAAUAAGCAGAGUGUAAUGAGUGAUGGAGAGAAUCUGGAGACAGCCCAAGAGCUGCUGCACACAGUGUGUGAGGAGUCCAGCCUCUUCCCCAGCGGCAUAGAGCCCAACGACAGAUACCUCUUCGUCAUGUAACUACUUUAUCCUGGUCAGGGAUAUGGAUCCAGAGCCUAUGCCUGUAACACUGGGCAUGAGGUGUGAAUACACUCUAAAUGUGACACCAGUCCAUCACAGGGCACCAUGCAUACACACACACACACACACACUUCAUCACACCUAGGGGCAAUUUAGAGUGGCUAAUCCACCUACCAGUAUGUUUCUGGGAGGAUAGUAACCCAAACUCCGUAUCGACCCUAAAACUGUCAGGUAGCAAUGCUACUUGCUACACCACCAUGGAAAAGGACCCAAAAUGAAGAAACUACAUAAAUUUCCUUAAUUUGUGUAGUUUCAAUUCAUUGUUCAUAUUCUUAUUUUCACAAUAUUUUAUUUUUCUCAAAAUCAUAUACUAUGUAUAAAUCAAUGGUAACCCUAAAAUAUACCAGCAAAUGAAUGCAAGCAAAUUGUCAAUUUUUAAAAAUGUUGUUUAUUGCCACCUUCCAUGGGGUGUAAAUAUGAGUGUGCACACAUGUAAAAUCUCUUUGCCAUGCAUUACCAUGGGAAAACCCAGUAAGCUUUCAACACAGAACAUACAGAUGUGUUUGACCAGCAUAUGACCGUCAAAUAAUGGAUAUAAAAUUACACAAGCAGUUUAAAAAAUAUUUAUACAUGAUUUGGGCCAUCAUAAAAACUCAAUUCAAAAGUUUGGAACAUGAGAGAUGAGACUAUAUAAUAUGUUGUUUUGGUUUUUUUUUUAAACUAAUGUUUGUGCCUUUUGCAGGAUCGCUUGGUCUCUUUGGACAGUGCUGAGGACUUUGUUAGAUUGGCCAAGGAGAAAUAUCCCAGAACCAAGCUAUGAGAGUGACACUGAGACUCAAUAGGUUUUUGAGUGAAAGUGCAUGUGUGUACUUGUAUGUGAGGUGAGGUAAGGCAGGAUUUCUAUCUGACUGAAGGUGAAAUGCAGAAAUGUUCACUGGGACUUAACAGGUCUUGGGCAAAGCUAGAAUACACAGAUUUGAUGCUAAAUAGCAGGGGUUUUUUCUGCAACUGUCUGAAGCCUGCACAUAUUGCAUCAAUCAGACAUUGGACUUCUGAUUGGAAGGUUAUGAGUUCAAACACAGCACCACCAAGCUGCCACUGCUGGGCCCUUGGACAAGACCCUUAACCCUCAACUGCUGAGUUAGAUUAAAAAGAAAGAGACAUACAUGUAUGUUAUUUUGGAUAAGGUUGCCUGCCA